UCGAUUGGCAAAUAAUGACGAAUUUGCCUUGGCGGUGCGGUUUUGGCGGUUUCGACGGUUUCGGCGGUAUUAUGCACACCCCUACCCACGAUGGUCUCCACUUCUGGCAGUCCAUGGUCGCCAGUUUGAUCGCCGGCUCGAUUGAGCAUAUGGCCAUGUUCCCGGUCGACACCAUCAAAACCCGUAUGCAAGCCUUAGGCGGCUCGUGCCCGAUCAAAUCGGCGGGGCUCCGACAAGCCCUCGGGUCGAUUUUCAGAUCCGAAGGCCUUUUCGGACUCUACCGCGGCAUCGGCGCAAUGGGUCUCGGCGCCAGACCUGCUCACGCCGUCUACUUCUCCGUAUACGAAUUUUGCAAGAAGGCGUUUUCCGGUGACAAUCCGAACAACGCCGCCGCACACGCCGCGGCGGGGGUGGUGGCAACGGUGGCGAGCGACGCCGUGCUUACGCCAAUGGAUGUGGUGAAGCAGAGGCUGCAAUUGGGGAGUGGGUAUUACAAGGGGGUUUUGGAUUGUGUGGUUAGGGUUUUGAGAGAAGAGGGGAUUAUGGGAUUUUAUGCUUCGUAUUGGACGACGGUGGUGAUGAAUGCACCGUUCACGGCGGUGCAUUUUGCCACGUAUGAGGCGGUGAAGAGGGGUUUGAUGGGGGUUUCGCCGGAGAGUGCGAAUGAUGAGCGGUGGGUUGUUCAUGCUACGGCUGCGGCGGUGGCGGCGUUAUUGACUACGCCGCUUGAUGUGGUGAAGACCCAGCUGCAGUGUCAGGUAAUGCACUCAAAUUUACUUUUCAAUCUAUGUGAAAAUAUGCUGGAGAUACUGAAAUUUUGAAGUUGAUCUUUUUAGACUCAACUUUGUAGUCUCUUUGUUUAAAUUCAUUUACUUGAAGAAGAUAGUUAUCUAA